GCGCCCCUGGCACUGCCAGUAUUCUCUGAGCCAGCUCGGCGGCACCCGCUGGGAAGCCCAGGGCUGUAUGGGGUCUCCAUGAAUGCCCCCUCGUGGGCUGGCUCAGCAGCCACCAUGAUGCAGGACCCUUGCCAGGGGCCGCUGGGGAGCCCUUCGCUCAGUGCUCUGUUCCUAUGCAGGCUCGUGGCCAGCAUGGCCCCCACGCUGCAGCAGGCAUACCGGCGGCGCUGGUGGAUGGCCUGCACAGCCGUGCUGGAGAACCUCUUCUUCUCUGCCGUGCUCCUGGGCUGGGCCUCCCUGCUGAUCAUGCUCAAGAGCGAGGGCUUCUAUUCCAGCAUGUGCCCAGCUGAGAACACCACCAACGCUACCCAGGAUGCACAGCUCCGCUGGCCCAGCUGUGACUCGCAGGAAGAGAUGCUCAACCUGGGCUUCACCAUCGGCUCCUUUGUGCUCAGCGCCACCACUCUGCCACUGGGGAUCCUCAUGGACCGUUUUGGCCCCCGGCCCACACGGCUGGUUGGCAGUGCCACCUUCGCGGCAUCCUGCACCCUCAUGGCCCUGGCCUCUUGGGACACCAAAGUUCUCUCUCCGUUGAUAUUCCUGGCACUGUCCCUGAAUGGCUUUGGUGGCAUCUGCCUAACGUUCUCUUCACUCACGUUACCCAACAUGUUUGGGAACCUGCGCUCCACUAUCAUGGCCCUCUUGAUCGGCUCCUAUGCCUCUUCUGCCAUCACGUUCCCAGGAAUCAAGCUGAUCUACGAUGCCGGCGUGUCCUUCAUGGUCAUCAUGUUCACCUGGUCGGGCCUGGCCUGCCUCAUCUUUCUUAAUUGUGCCCUCAACUGGCCCAGUGAAGCCUUUCCUGCUCCUGAGGAAAGCAGCUACACGAAAACGAUCAAGAUCACUGGGCUGGCCCUGGAUCACAAGAUAACAGGUGACCGCUUCUACACACAUGUGACCAACGUGGGCCAGAGGCUGAACCAGAAGGCCCCCAGCAUGGAGGAGAAUGACCUCUAUAUUUCCUCGCAGGACGUUCGUGGUACCUCAGAAAACCCUCGUGAGAAGUCUGUCCCCUUACGCAAGAGCCUCUGCUCCCCUGUUUUCCUGUGGAGCCUCCUCACCAUGGGCAUAACCCAGCUGCGGGUCAUCUUCUACAUGGCCGCCAUGAACAAGAUGCUGGAGUACCUCGUGACUGGUGGCCCGGAACAUGAGACAGUUGUCCUGAAACAAAAGGCAGCAGAGACAGUUGGGUUCUACACCUCCAUCUUUGGGGGCCUGCAGCUGCUGUGCCUUCUCACCUGCCCUCUCAUCGGCUAUAUCAUGGACUGGCGGAUCAAGGACUGCGUGGAUCAAGGACUCAGUGGUGGCACUGAGGGCAUUGCCCUUGGAGAUGCCAGGGAUGGGGUUGCCACCAAAUCCGCCCGACCACGCUACCGCAACAUCCAGAAGCUCACCAAUGCCAUCAACGCCUUCACCCUGACCAACUUUCUGCUUGUGGCCUUUGGCAUCACCUGCCUCAUUAACAACUUACACCUCCAGUUUAUGACCUUUGUCCUGCACACGAUAGUUCGAGGUUUCUACCACUCGGCCUGUGGAGGCCUGUAUGCUGCAGUGUUCCCGUCCAACCACUUUGGGACACUGACAGGCCUGCAGUCCCUCAUCAGUGCUGUGUUCGCCCUGCUCCAGCAGCCGCUCUUCAAGGCCGUGGUGGGGCCCUUGAAAGGAAAUUCCUUCUGGGUGAAUCUGGGCCUCCUGCUAUUGUCACUGCUGGGAUUCCUGCUACCUUCCUACCUCUUCUACUACCGUGCCCGGCUCCAGAGGGAGCACACCUCUGACUGGGAGGGCCCCCUGAAGGCACCUGGCAGCGUAGACCUCUGAGGCUGAGAGGCCUGGAUAACAGGCAGUUAAGGCCUGAGCAACCAAAGGGAAUGUCUCUUAUGGCUUUCCUACCUGUAACACAGGCAGAGCCAGGGGCCGUGGAUUUAUAAAUACCAAGAGAAGUUCUAUUUUUGUAGGGACUUGCUAAAAGGCAAAAAAUACACCCUAAAAAAAAUCCCCUUGACUGGAGACGGCCCCUGACGGCUAGAAAGAUGGGGGCUCUUCCUCCUCAGAUUGGAGGAGACCAGGGUCCAAGGCUGCCCUUUCUCUGGGCUUUGUCCCAGGGGCCUGCCUCCUGGUGCCUCCUGGGGGCUUAUGCGAUCAGCAAACGUGCUACCCCUGAGGUCCCUGUGCAAUGCCCAGAGUGUGCAUACGUGUGUGUGUGUGUGUGAAACAACCUUCCCCUCAGAGGAAAGGGGCCUGAGGUGCUUGCCGUGUCUUGGAUGGAGUGUGUGGGGGGUGUAAGCCCCUUCCAGGGGCCGGAGGGCAGGUCCCCUCCCUGGUGCUGCUUCUUGCAGGUCUUAGUGGAAAUAAAAAGGGAAGUGAGAGA